AGAAUUAAAAUAUAUGACCAUGGUUAUAAAUGAAAACUUGAGAUUAUAUCCUCCAGUUCAUCAAUUGCCGCGAAGAGAAAAUGCAGAGAUUAUUAAAUUUCGGAAUCAUGUAUUUUUGCCCAAAACACCCAUAUUCAUAAAUAUUUAUGGAAUCCAUCAUUCACCAGGAAAUUGGAAGGAUCCUGAAGAAUUUAUUCCUGAAAGAUUUGAGAACGAGCAUGAAAAACGCGAUCUUCAUACUUGGUUAACUUUUGGUGGUGGUACCAGAUCAUGUAUUGGUACUAAUUUUUCACUUAUUGAACAAAGAGUGAUGUUGUGUGCUUUAUUAAGAAAAUAUGAGAUAUCUUUACCAGUAGAUAGUAUUCAUAAAGAUAAAUUACAUCUUAGACGUGCUAAUGGUACAAUAACGGGACUACAUCCAAUCGAUUUAAUAUUUAAAAGGACAGAAUGA